GAAUCGCACUUCUUUCCGGAGUGUAAUUCUUUGCAGGAAGGGCAGGAGGGGAAAAAAGGUGGCCAGGAGGGCAACCAGUCUCGCCUGGUUCCUGGAACUUGCAAAAAGGGGUUUCCGAGUUUUCUCCAGCCCCAAGUUGCUUUCUCGUUGGAACCUCGUUACUUUGGAGAGUUUUAGAAGGCGCCGAAAGGAGCGGGAGGGGAUCUGUCUUGCCAACCGCACCGGCCCCGAGACCGAAGGAAAGAAAGAGCCUCUUCUUUCUUUGUUUUGAAACCUAAAGGAUCCCUGUGCCAAGCCUCAAGGGUCCCGAUGCCCUCCCUUGGCCCCUUCCUCCUUUCUGUUGCGAUCUGGGCCAGCGUGUGCAGGCGGCCGGGAUCCACCGCCGGCGCCCAGAGCGGAUCCAUUCGAGCCUUGCGGGCUUCGAACCAGCGGAGAGACGAGAGCAAUCACCUCACAGCCUUGUACCGGAAAGAAGAAACCAUCAACAUCUGGGACAAUGGCCACAUCGAAAGUCCUCGCUUCCCUCAAAGCUACCCCCGGAACCUCUUACUCACAUGGAGGCUGCUUUCACCAGAGGACGCAAGGAUACAGCUGGUGUUUGAUCGUCAGUUUGGACUGGAAGAGCCAGAGAAUGAUAUCUGCAGAUAUGAUUUUGUGGAAGUGGAAGACAUCUCUGCCAUCAGCACGUUGAUCCGAGGCCGCUGGUGUGGAUACAAAGAAGCUCCUCCAAGAAUAACAUCAAAAACAAACCAGCUGAAGAUAACCUUCAAAUCAGAUGACUUCUUUGUGGCUAAACCUGGAUUCAAGAUUUAUUAUUCCCUUGUGUUUGAUCUUCAGGAUGAUCUCCAGCCUGCUCUGCCUGAAACCAACUGGGAAUCAGUCACAAGCCCUGUCUUGGGCGUUUCCUAUCACUCUUCAUCAGUGACUGACCCUACUCUUAUUGCGGAAGCUCUGGAUCAAACCGUGGCGGAGUUUGAUACGGUGGAGGAAUUGCUCAAGCACUUCAACCCAGAUUCAUGGCAGGAAGAUCUCGAAAAUCUGUACAUAGAAAAUGCCCCGCCCCGAGGGAGGAGUUUCUAUGAAAGAAAGUCAAAAGUCGAUCUGGACAGGUUGAAUGAUGAUGUCAAACGUUAUAGCUGCACUCCAAGGAACUAUUCCGUCAACAUAAGGGAGGAGCUGAAGCAGACCAAUGUGGUUUUCUUUCCACGCUGCCUUCUUGUCCAGCGCUGUGGUGGAAACUGUGGAUGUGGCUUUACACAUUGGAAAUCCUGCACGUGUACGGCAGGGAAAUCAGUGAAAAAAUAUCACGAGGUGCUGCGAUUCAUUCCUGAAGCAGGUCAUUUCAGGAGACGGAGAAGAACUAAGAACAGUAUGGCACUGAUUGAUAUUCAACUGGAGCACCAUGAGCGUUGUGAUUGCAUCUGUAGUGCAAGACCACCCCGAUAAGAAAGAAACUGGACUUUUCUCUUUGCAUUUAAAGGAUUGCUUCCUCUUAGAUGAGAAGCUGUCCAUGGAAAUUCUUCCAGUGGCCACCAGACUAUGCUAACAAUCUGCAUUGUAACUGGUAUAAGACCCCACGAGUCUUCCAACAUAGAAGUACUAAGUGCCACGACAGUUAGUCAUAAGUAAUGCAGAUCACGUUAUCUGAACGCCUUAGAAAACAACAGCUUCGCAAGGGCUACAGUUUUCAGUGUCUUUAGAGCUACCUGUAUGAAGGCUGUAUUAUUUUGGCUGAAUUUCCUUAGUAGGCUUUUAAAAUCCUACUUUCAUGGGUUAUGCAGGGGUAUGCAUCCAUGUAUUCACAUACCCCCGCAUAGAACUUAUGACACACAAAAGACUUAAGCACACUUACAAUUUAAAUAAAAGGGAGGAUCCACAUAUAUAUAGAUGCAUGGCUUGUAACAUAUAGGUCAUAACAUACAAGCUUGUUAUGAUAUAUAAAGAAAAUUAUAAGCAAGCUUGCACAUUAAGGAGGAUACUGAAGGAUGAUUGUAGUUGACUGCAUGCUUAUAUAUAUAAUUUCAGAUUAGAGCAAUGUGUUAUGCAGAAAAUCUAACCCUUCCUUCAUAACGCAGGUUUAAAAAACAUGUAAUGGAUGGAAUCAUACAUAUGGAUAUAAUUUCAUGCAGUCACCUUGUACUGCCACACAGCACUGCGCCCCAGUGUUGCCUAAUAUCUUCAGUCAUAGGGAUCAUCAGCCUCUCUCUUUUCCUAAGCUAUUCAACGCUCCAGGCAUAUGUUUUCCCCAUAUUUAAGUUUCAGAAGAUGUUACUAUAUUCAAGCUUUUUCUGCCUGGCACUGGAAGAUUCAUCUUCACCCAAAAUAUACCAAGUGCCUUUAGGCCUAGAUUGAAGUCUCAAGUGUGCCAUUUUAUGGGAUGGCAGUGGCAUCCCAUAAAUGAUGAACUGAUUUGAGUCAUAGGUCAUAUCCUUCACAGUGUUGACCAAGCUGUCCACUUAUGGACUCAGCAGUUGGGAGUCUCCAGCCUCUUAAUGUGAGCAGAGAUUUGCAGAGAGGCCUAGAGAAAGAACAUAUCCAAAUAAUACCCCGUAUAGCCAGCUGGUUGAGUAGCAUUUCCAUUAGAUUAUUUAGAAUGUUCAUUCCUCUUUCUAGACCCAUUUCAACUUAUCGUCUGUGUGCUUAAAUUGGACAGCUUUCAAGUGGCUUUUAUUAAUAAUAUUUGGCAUUUGUGUAGCGCUUUCUAGGUGCUUCACACGCAUGAUCUAGUUGUAAUCCUUACAACAAUAUUCUUUGGUAAAUUAGUAUUAUUAUCCUCUGUAAUGCAGACGGGAAACUGAGGCUGAGAUACCAGGUGGCUCAGAGAUGCAAAACACUAAGGAUUGUUUGGACUACAACCCUGAGAAUCUCACACCCAGGAUGGCUGUUACAGUGCUAAUGGAAUUCUGGAAUUUUUAGUCUAAAACCAAAAAAGGUUGUCUAUGGAGGGGCUUCCCUAAAUCCUUGCUAGUGAUUUCCUAGUAGAUAAAAAUUGGAUCAGUGGAAACUUCCUGUUUCAUAGCUUAGUCUGUUAGCUGUUGCCCCAUGUUAACACUUGAAUGCAUCCAAGGUUAAGCAAGAAGAGAGCUGUAGCUUUUAUAGGGCAACUUUAAUCAGUAUACCUUUAGCUCCUUCCAAAAUGUCAUUCUUAUUAUAUAUGGUAAUGUUAAUUAACUGCCCUUAGUAGCUUCCAAAACAAUCAGCACUUUCCGGAGGAAGAAGAGAACUUUGAGAUUAUAUCUCAAUGAGGCAUCUUAAUGCUCUGAUACUCACCUGAUUCUUGCUGCACAUCACUAAAUGUUUAUUGCUUCCAGGGAAUAUACACUUAAUUAAUUUACUGCCUGAUUAUUAGUAAAAUUAAGUACAGUAAACAUCCAGGGCAUAGCCAACUUCCUGUGCUUUUGAAUAUUAUGAGAAUAUUCUUUAAUCAAUACGAAGAAGAGGACCCUUUUUGAUUAGGCUUUCUCCAACAGCUGUCCACGGUAAACGUAGGAUGCCUAAUGGCCUGAAGCGAAAUGAACUUUUUGUUGUGAAUAUAAUGGAUAAAAGAGAGUGGAAGGAUUCAUAAGCCAAGGAUUGUCUUUAAUAGCCACCUGAACCUGCACAUCGUUUUUUAUGUGUUGCUUUUUUUGUGCCCGUCUUUGAGAAGGAAAAUAAUGAUUUUACAAUCGGUGUUUCAUUGAUUGAAUAGAAAAUUGGCUUGUUAUCAUGUAAGAUGGUGAACUUUCAAACUAUUUCUAUUCUGGUGAUUGUAUCAAUAGUUGAAGAGCUCCCAGAUUAUCUCCAUGCUCUGGAUUGGUUUCUUUUAUCAGGCUAAAUGUGUUAUCAGUUCUCUGGGUUUUUUAUAUCUCCCUUCCAACUCUUCCUGCCAUACAUAAGUUAAAAGUUAACAAAGAACGCUUCCUGUUCAGGCAGGACACUUGAGAACCAAACAUAACCUAUCAGCUUUUUAAUAUCCUCUUUUUUUCUUACUAGUUAUAUCUUUUCCACUUUCCCUU